CACCAACGUUCCUCAAUUGCUCUCAUCUGCUUGACUUUUGGUCAAAGCCUCCUUCGACUACUCUGCUUUGGAACCUCCCCUGGGUCCCAAGUCCCUCAUCCCACCACGCGCCAGCGCGCCUUUGGCACCGGCCGACUUCCGAUUGUACUCAUCAGGCUGUCUCCUUCCUGGAGUAGUCGAUGCUUGGGUCGCGAACCACUGCUCACACAGAAGCUCGAAAGUCUGCCCCUCGAUCUGCCUGCCCCCAGCGCUAUCCCUCGUUGCUUCUUGCUGGUGGCUACUCUUCGAGCCUCUUCCCACAGCCCUGUCCACCCUCGCUCUGCGCAACCAGUCACAUCUCUCAAGAUUCCGUCCGACCACAUCAGGAGACACGAGGAGUGGGUGCCACAGAUCCCCCGUGUCCUUCUCGAGGAUUUCCCUCUUCUAUCUAGUGUAUCCUUGAUUUCGACUCACUCUCCUCUAUUACCCUCCUCUCGACAUACCGUGGCGCCUGUAACAGAGCCGUAUAUCCACAGCAGCACCGAGAUCGACGGCAGGCGCAGUCUGCUGCGGCUCAUCUUCUACUCUCCGACCGGAGCAACUUCAUCUUGAGACCUUUUGGAUCGCCCUCCUGGGUCGAACCCUUCUGCAUAUUCCAUCCUUGCGGUACAUCACGAUAUCCUUCACAGCCUCACAACAGGCGGACCGUCCGCCUACCAUGCCUCCGACGCCCUGAUCACCCUGGCCCUAUCAAAUCUUCCCCACUUGCGAACCGAGCACAAUAGGAGGGACACAUCUUGAUCUCUUUAUCGCCCGCUGCAAAUUCACGACGAAAUGUCGCACUCCUACCCGAACCCUUACAGUGUCCAAAGGCCCGGACAGCAAUCUCCGCUACUGGCGACUCCAGCGUUCCACCGACCGCGGCAGGUACAACCUCAGCAACACAGAGCGAAUGCUUCUAUGUCCAGGAGUCAUCACCAUAAUGCGAGUAUAACGUCAAACCCUUCACAAGUGAUACAGGAAGUGGGUAGCGACCCGGAAUUCUGGCCGGUUAAUACCCAGUACAAUCUCCCCGCGGUGUCGAGUCCUGGGUCCCUGCCACCUUCCGCUGACAUUUACAACCUUGACGAAGAUACUUCUUACCGCGAGUCCUCCUUUGACGAUUUCUUGACAACAGAAGCAUCUUCUGAAAACCCUCUAAGCGAACAUACUACUCCGCAAGAACAAAUUUGGGAGCAACAGUUCUUGUCGCAGGACCCCACACAACUUCACAUAGUUGAUUCUUACGGGUUGAACGAUUUUGAGGCCGUGCAGGAAGUGACAGCGAGCUCAGAUCUCCAAAGUUACUUUCAACACGCCGAGGAGCCGCUGCCGAAAUUCGUCUCUGGAGAAGAGCUAAGGAGUUCCAGGAACUCCUCAGUUCGGUCACCCCUUCCUUUUCCUCCUCACACUCAAACUGCCAGCCAGCAACAAAAUCAAUCAAUGGACCGUUUGAGCGCUCCCCACAAGAGAGGAAUUUCUCAAACCCUCAAAGUGGAUACGACCUCAAACCACACCCCUUCUCCUAAUAACAAAGUGAACGCCUGGCAGCCCACGUCACACAUACGGGCACUCAGUCCCGUGGUCAUGGUAUCCGAUUAUGAAGCUUCCGGCGAGAAGUCUGAGACUCAACAGAACCUCUUACCUACAUCUGCCAAGCGCGGUCGCGAGAGUGAAUCUUCUGAUGAUGACGAUGACGAAGCUGGUCCUGAUGGAGCAGGGACAGAGGAUGUUGAAGUGUCUCCAUCACAUCUGAUGCCCCCCGAUGCUAACGCUACGGAUAAUUUACGUGUCACGCCAAUCCAACGCCACGGGUUGGAACCACAGUCAAGGAACAACGAAACGGUGCACUCAGUGAAAGAACUUCAGGAGCAGCGCCAGCUCGAAGAAAAAAACGCCGAAGUUCAAGAAUGGCUUGCCACAAGCAAGGGUAUCAGUGGACCCGAAGAUGAAUCUGGAGCUACGGUUCCUCGCCGGACAUCUCAAGGGACAAGGCUGCGAGCUCCCACCACGGAGGGCCGUGUAGAUGCCCUUGGCCCUGUAUACUCAGACGAGCAUAUCCCCGGCCCAGGAGUUCUCGUUGAUGUUGAUUCGGACGACGAGUAUUAUGACGACGUGUCGGUGCAGUCGUCGUUAAUCGAAGCACACACCGAGCAGGCCAUCGAGCAUUAUCGGGUAGCAGGCUCACCGCGCCUUUCGCCACGUGCUCUUGACGGCCGAGCAUCAACUGAUCAAUCUGCUUUCCCUCCCCUUGAUGAUGAAACCCCAUCCGAAAUGCAGGAGCCGCUGCCUACUCAAUUCAUCAGGCGAGGCCCGUGGCAAGAUCCUGUCCGGGGUCCUAUUGUCAGCACAAGAGGUCAACCCAAUACGUCAAACGCAGCCGCCUACAAGUUCAACGAAGAUGCAGCAAAGUGGGAGACUGCCUCUAGGGCUGCCACGUGGGGAACGCGACGACGUCUCAGCGAGAGCGAAAUCAACUCAAUCGUCGAGGGUAGUCAGAUCCGACAUCUCUCUCUUUCGAAAAAAGGCCGGGAACGAACGAGUAGUCUCUUCAACAAGGCUCGGGGUAUAUUUCCUCGGCGCAGUAGCAGCAAUAUAAAAGAAGAGCCAUCGGCGGAGGACAAUGAGCAGGCGCCACGAGGACAUUCUCACCGAAGCUCUGUGGGAAGCAUCAAACCUCAGAGGAUGCCGAGUUUCGGCAAGCCCAAGUCACCUCCUCUCAAUACGGGCAGUGCCCUGCUUGCUAUGACUGGUCAGCUCGCAGCUGUUGGGCGUGGAAAUUCGGUUGCCCAAGAUCACGAUGCUUCCAAGCCAACACGCCCACAACAGACGCUGAAGAAGCAGCGUAGUAAGAGUGACGUGACCAAGAAUGCAAAGUCGUCGUCCAACCUCGGACUGGCCGAUCUAUUGACCAAGCACGGCGGACCGCCGAUUCCAACUCUCGCGUCCCCAAUGCAUGAGCGCGAACCCAUCCUGGCCGCCCAAGUCAUAGAUAAUGAAGACGUUCCGGCAGACGACGAUGAGGACGAAACAGAUGAAGUAGCCAUCAGGAUGGAUCUUGAGAUCCGUGCGGAAGACAUCAGGCCGACGAUUGAAGGAUUCAGAGAUCAUGCCCGAAAACUGAAUCCUCGGCUUGACGCAUAUCUGAUUGAACGGAUUGGCCAAGAGCAGAUUCGACGCUACAAAAAACUUGUUGAAACCAAGAUCAAGCACACUCGAUCCGUCCACGUGGCGCACAAAUGCCCUUCAGGCAAUUUUUGCUUUGAUCUAGGUGGCGAGGCGAAAGCUCUCGCGCCACGGGUCAGCUCCAAGGAUCCAGAUACGACGCUGACCCAGUUUCAGAUCAGUAACCCUGCCGACGAUGAGCUGGACGAGUCUACAUUCACGGACGGGGUGGUCACGCCGGCAUUGUUUCCGCCGGGCAUUCCAUUGCCCCCAGUUCCACGACUCCCGGCAGAAUUCGAAUGUAAUCUCUGCUUCAAGGUCAAGAAGUUUCACAAACCGUCCGAUUGGACCAAGCACGUGCAUGAAGACAUCCAGCCUUUCUCCUGUACCUUUCCCAAUUGCGCCGAGUCGAAAUCGUUCAAGCGUAAGGCAGACUGGGUCCGUCACGAGAAUGAGCGGCACCGGCACCUGGAGUGGUGGCAAUGUUGCCUUCAGGAAUGCAAUCACAUUUGUUUCCGCAAAGACAACUUUGUCCAGCACCUGGUGCGGGAGCACAAGAUGACCGAGCCCAAAGUCAAGCGGGGUUCGGGCAGCAGUAAGAACAAGGCGGUCAAUAGCGGCUUUCAAGAGGAUAGCGAAGUGUGGCAGAUGGUGGACAGGUGUCGAUUCGAGACGGACAAGAAGCCUCGGGAUGAACCGUGUCGCUUCUGUGGCAACGUUUGCUCGACAUUCAAGAAGCUGUCGGUGCACAUGGGCAAGCACAUGGAACAGAUCGCGAUGCCAGUUCUGCAGCUGGUGAGCAUGGCAGAAGUCUCGCCCGACAGCAUCGUCAGCCCGAUUGAUCAACCACCCAUGAUGGCGUCGUCGUUUGGCGCCAUCCCUGGGACGAUGAACAAUGUGGAUGGGAGCAACCUCUCGCCCUAUCCCGUCAGUGCCACAUCCGCUUACCAAACCUCGUCGGCCGGACAGUCACCGGCUUCGAUGCAUGUACAUUCACAAAACAGCGGCUACCCUCUCGAUCAAGGAUACUAUAGUCCACAUGCGUUGACACCGACAGCCCAAGGCCAGAUGAUGAGUGGUGGCUACGCUGCUACGGCGACCUACGGCCAUCAGUCUCCCGUCUUCAUGGGGUCAGGUCAAAUGGAAACGCAGCAUCAACAUAGCCUGUCGCCCCAAAAUGCGAUGGUGACGCCCCGAUCUCAACCAAUGGGUCAAGGGUAUGAAAACUCGUUCUACGACUCUACAGGGGCCAUGUAUACGCAAGCAUCGAUGCAAAACAUGUACGUGAGCGCGCACUCGCACCCACAAUCGAUGCCGGGGUAUGCCAUGGGGCAAUAUGCCUCAUCGAUGUUGCCGAAUCAACCACGAGGUGGACAUGCCAGCGCAAUGGGAUUUGAAGGUCGAGCAGGGCUAGGCCUGCAGACAGGGUUGAACACACACACGGCGCAACCGUAUGUGUACGGGGCCCCGGGAACUGGGGAGACCCGACCAGACAUGCAUUUUGCAUGAUGAAGUUGGAGAUUGUUAUCGGGUUGACUUUUGCCAGAGUGAGGCGGCGAGGGGUGCCGAGCAGGGGGCCCGCCCGCGCGCCCUUCUGCAGAGAAUCGCUUUGGAGUAGAGGGAUUUGUGGACGGCUUUGGACGUAGUUCCAACCUUUGCCAGGAGGUUACGGUUGUAUUCUAGAUACCCAUAUGAUGUUUCUGAGUCCCAGGAGUGGACUUCUGGGUUAUGAUUGGCAUGACAAGCGGGCUAGUGUGAUGAAUGCGAUGAUGGGACUGAUCCGGACCACUUUGGAGUAUGCAACUUGGAUUGAUUUCUGGAACUUUUGGAGUUUGGAAAGUAAUGGACUUUUCGGGACCUGCAGGACGCAAUGAGCCAGUCACAGAGUAGAAGAGCAGCUGGGCGGGACGUUGGUUGACGGUUGUGAACGUUGGUGGGGUGGUGGUAACUAUCAAAGUUACGAGGCGGGAAAUAUAGCAAUAACGUUGGCGUUCUCGCUGAAGCCUGUACGAGGUAUUUGGCAUGCAUAGCCACCACGGAGUUUACGAGUACUUCUGGGUGCUCGGCUGCAUACCGGCGACACGAUACAGACCGCGG